AUGGAGAGACAUGCAUCUCGUAAACAUUUGAGAAUUGAAGACUCCAUAGCAGUAAAUGAGAGAGCUGCAAAGCUAUUAGAGAGCAUGGUUAGGGAGGAGUAUCCACUUAUGGAUAUCAUGAGUGGAAUCAUCCCAACACACACUCUGGAGUAG